CCCGCGGCCCCCACGCGGCUCCGCCCCUCCGCGCGGCGCUUUAAGCCCCACCCCGACCCUGAGCACCGCCUUCCGCCCGCGCCGUUGCUUCUCCGCCAUGGGUGCCGCUGGUUCUCGCGCGCUCUCCAGCCUCGGCCUCCCCGCGCCCGCUCGGCCUGCGUGGCUCGGCGUCGCCGCGCUGGGGCUGGCGGCCGUGGCCCUGGGGGCGGUGGCCUGGCGCGUGCGUCCCCGGCGACGCCGGCGGCGGCAGCAGGUGGGCACGGUGGCGCAGCUCUGGGUCUACCCAAUCAAGUCCUGCAAGGGAGUACCGGUGCCCGAGGCCGAGGUCACAGCGCUGGGGCUGCGCGUGGGACACAUGCGCGACAGGUUUUGGAUGGUUGUCAAGGAGGAUGGACACAUGGUCACUGCCCGGCAGGAGCCGCGCCUCGUGCUGGUCUCCAUCACCCCUGAGGACGGGUCCCUGGUCCUGCAGGCACCUGACAUGGAGCAGCUGGCAGUGCCCUACAAGCUGCCUUCUUCAAACGCACUCCGCGACUGUAGGCUGUUUGGCCUUGACAUCAAAGGCAGGGACUGCGGUGACGAGGUGGCACAGUGGUUCACCAGGUUCCUGAAGUCGGAAGCCUAUAGGCUGGUGCAGUACGAGACCAGUAUGAAGGGGCGGACGUCCAAGGAGCUCCUCCCCAAUGUGAAGGAUUUCGGGUACCAGGUGCCCUACCCCGACUGCAGCCCGGUCCUGCUGCACACCGAGGCCUCCCUGACUGACCUGAACACCAGGUUGCAGAAGAAGGUGAAGAUGGAGAACUUCCGGCCCAACAUCGUGGUGGCCGGUUCCAGCGCCUAUGAGGAGGACUCCUGGGACGACCUCGUUAUUGGGGACGUGGAGAUCAAGAAAGUAAUGUCUUGCCCCAGGUGCAUCCUGACCACCGUGGACCCCGACAUGGGCGUCAUCGACCGGAAGGAGCCGCUGCAGACCCUGAAGAGCUACCGCCUGUGUGACCCCUCUGUGAAGCAUUUAUACCAGUCGUCCCCACUCUUCGGGGUCUAUUUUACGGUGGAAAGGAUUGGAGUCCUGAGAGUGGGAGACCCUGUGUACCAGCUGGUGGACUGAGGGCCCGCUCGGCUGACGAGAGAGAGCAUCCAGGAGGCCUGGACCACGAUCCUGAAGCACGAAGGGGGCCUGGAGAAGCCUGUUAUGCAGCCACGAUAUUUUUGCCCAGAAAGGAGUCGCAGUUUCUGACGCUUCCGAGUUAUGCGUGCUCCAAAUUAAUGCGAGUAGAGUCUUUGAGGUGAUUUGGAAGGUGAAGGUAUACGCAUUUCAAUUAUAAAGGCAUUUUAGAUCAACAAAAUUAUCUAUAAAAUUAUCGCAAAUGUUCUUGCAGCUAUUGUUUCUGUCCCUGGCUUCAGUACUGGUGAGUGAAGAAUGGUUAAAGAGUUAGCAAAGAAGAUGAGAUUUUUAAAAAAGUGCUCCUUAUUUCCUGCUGUUGGUUGUUUUAAGUCCUUGUGGCCUGACUGCUUUUACAAGCCCACAGGCUCCCACAUGCCUGCGGCCGGCCCUGGCCUGGCUGCCGAGCCCUGCUUCUGCGUUUCCGGCCUGUGGGGUAGGGCCUGAGGGUGGACUGUCCCUCAGAGCCUUGUCUGUACUUGAUUUUGCCUCUGUUAACCCAUAAAACUUAUUUCUGUCUGUGGAUGUCUGGCAGCCAAGUAAGAAAACACCACGAAUGGAAUCUGGGAGAGGGAAAUUUGGGUGCAGGAAAGUGUAUUUUAGGUGCAUUUCGACAAACAAGAAACAUGAGCUCUUUUCCGAUGAUUGAGCAAAAAUUCUCACUGCACUAAUAAUAGGUAAAAGAAUUAACCUACUUAUCACUGUGUACUUUGUUUUUAAUAAACAUGGAUCUUGACUCUAC